AUGGCACCACCACGCAAUCCAACUAUGGAAGAUACAACAUUUGGGCUUCGCCCAGUAGAUGUUGGUUUUACCUCUCUCGCUAGGAUUACCGGAUAUUCUCUGACAGGUGCAGAGAACGCUUAUUACCGCGCUAUGAAAAAGAUUCGUAAGGCCCAAGAAGCCUCGGGGCAGCAGAGUCCGGCGGUAGCAGAUGAUUCGAAUAAAGAGGAUUCGAACGAAGAGAUUGUCAGCUGA